AAAACCCGUUCCUGCCCACGCCACAUCUUUCAAGUUCCGAGUGUAAAAGUUCAGCCACUCGGCGCACCCUUGUGGCCCGGGGCCGCUGACACCGCAAUUUCUCGGCGGCCAGCAACCUCCAAGCGCGUCGCCACAAUCUUCUUUGCCUAUCGCAUCGAGUCGAGUCCCCUUCGCAGCUUUUUCGUGAGCCAGCCACAGCCAACUCGCCAACCCGAUCGAAAGGUUGUAGGAGCAAAAUCGCCGCCGGACUGGGCUCACAGGUACGUCACAAUUACCGCGCAUAUAUUGCUGCAGAAUACAUUUCCCCCGUCGGGCGCAAGAAAUUCAUCAUGUCGUACCCGGGUCCUCCAGGUCAUCCAUCGCUCCCUCCGCGCCCGCCCGCCAGCAAACUCUCGGGGUUCAAGCCCGCUUUCACCCCAGCACAGGUAGCCCCUCCAGCCGUUUCGGGCUCGGGCUACACAGCACCGACGCCGUCAUACCCCGGCUACGGGCCGGCCACGACAUCCGCCAGCUAUGGCGCACCUCCGUCUGCAUCACCCUACGUGGGUAACCCUUCAGCUCCCGCCCUAGGCGCCGGCCGUGGGGGCUACGGCCAGACGGGAACAUACAACUAUGCGCCAGCACAAAACUACUCGCAACAGCCGCCGUCCUACUAUAGCGCCCCAGCGGCCACCGGCAGCUACUCGACGCCGCCUCAAAUCCGAAACCCGUUUCCGGCGCCGGACAGCGGGGCCACAGACUUCGACCCGGAGAUGGCGGCGCAAAUAGCCCAGUGGCAGAGCGCGUACAUGCCCAAGGACCCCAACGACCCGGCCAGCAAACCCGCCGCCGCCAACGGGCGGGCGGGCACCGGCGCCCCGGGCGCCGCACAGGGCAGCACGGCAGAAGCGAUCGACAGCACGGCGGCGAGCGGCGACCCCAACGAGAAGCAGAAAACGGUGUACCGCGAGGGCGGCGGCAAGAAGUGGCAGGACGACUCGCUGCUGGAGUGGGACCCGGCGCACCUGCGGCUGUUCGUGGGCAACCUGGCGGGCGAGACGACGGACGACUCGCUGAUCAAGGCGUUCGCGCGGUGGAAGAGCGUGCAGAAGGCGAAGGUGGUGCGCGACAAGCGCACGACCAAGAGUAAAGGGUUCGGCUUCGUCAGCUUCAGCGACCCGGAGGACUUCUUCCAGGCCGCCAAGGAGAUGAACGGCAAGUACAUCCAGAGCCACCCCGUCGUCGUGCGCAAGGCCAAGACGGAGAUCAAGCCGGCCAUGGUGAAGGAGGAUCGGAGGGGGAAGAAGAACCAGAGGAAGGGCGGUGGCGGGAAUAAGAGCGGUAGUGGCAUGGGGGCUGGGGCCGCGGAUGGUGCUGGUGCAUACGAGCCGCAUCUUGGGCCGAUGGGAGGGAGUGGCAUCACCAAACCUGGGCAGAAAACGAAGGGAGGGCUGAAGCUGCUUGGCUAGAUGGGUUCGUUGGGCGUUUAUUUCCGUCUUCGAGCCGCCCGUCAUUGCGGGAUGGUAAAACUAUAAUAGACCAGCUUCUCCUAACCAAUCUCAGAUACCGGAACCCUCAGACUGGUAUACUGUGUGAGAAAAGUGUGAUAUAUCAGCGAGCCGAGCAAACAAGGGAUGUU